AACGCCUUCCCACUCUGCACUCACUUUAAUACACAGACUUUCAUCUCUCUUUCUCUCUCUCUCUCUCUGUUUGGAAAAAGAAAGAGAGAGAAUCCUGUAAAACCCAAUUCCUCUUCUCUCUGAUUAUAUUCUCCUCCAAAACCCUAUAUUUCUCUCUACAAUUCUUUCCUUUUCGGAGUAUAUUUUCCUUAUUUACUCUACAUUUAUACUCCUUUUUUGUUUCUCGUUGACAAAAUCUAAAACCCAACCGGAUUCUCGCACCCCCAAAUCCUCGAUUUUUAAAGCCUCGAUUUUCUCUCAAAAGCAAUUCAAAACAACAACAAAAAGGGACAAAUUUUCUCUCAACUUAUAUAUACUUCAUUGUGGGAUUUUUUUUUUCUUCCAAGGUUUAUUUUUUGGGGUGUGUGCUUCUAUCUAUGGCUGCGGUGGCUGAGGUGUCCGGUGAGACAGCGGCUGCCAAGAACAUGGAUUCGACACCCAAAUCGGAAUCGGAGCUCAAUGUGCAGAAGCUUGUUGAUAUGUUCAAAAAAUUGAAUCCUUUGGCGAAGGAGUUCUUUCCCUCGUCUUACUCUCAUCAUCAGAGCAAUAAUCAUUAUCACAACAACGGUCAAUUGUCGCCCAACUAUUUUCCCACCGCCAAUAAGCCGUCCAGCAACGAUAAUUUUCCGAACAAUCGGAGGAGAAGAAACAACUAUAACCAAGGGAGGAGAAGGUCGAAUGCGAGAGCUUUCAAAGCUCAGCGGGAGGAUAGUAUUAGACGAACAGUUUAUGUUUCUGAUAUCGACCAGCAUGUCACUGAAGAGCGGCUUGCUGCCUUAUUUAGUAGUUGUGGCCAAGUUAACGAUUGCCGAAUUUGUGGUGAUCCACACUCAGUUCUUCGUUUUGCAUUUGUGGAGUUUGCUGAUGAGCAUGGUGCAAGAGCAGCUCUAGAUCUUGGUGGGACAAUGCUUGGGUACUAUCCAGUUAGGGUCUUACCUUCAAAAACUGCCAUUCUUCCAGUGAAUCCUACAUUCCUUCCUAGGUCAGAGGAUGAACGGGAAAUGUGUGCCAGGACAGUCUAUUGUACAAACAUUGAUAAGAAGGUUUCUCAAGCUGAAGUGAAGAACUUCUUUGAAUCAGCAUGUGGUGGUGAGGUUACUCGCUUGAGGCUUUUGGGUGAUCAUGUGCAUUCAACUCGUAUAGCUUUUGUUGAAUUUGCAAUUGCAGAAAGUGCCAUUACCGCUCUGAGUUGCAGUGGGAUGGUCUUAGGAACCCAGCCAGUCAGGGUAAGUCCUUCGAAGACACCCGUGAGACCACGAGUUAUUCGCCCGUAAUUGCAUUGACAAAUCAUCAGUCCUUCCUAGACUCAUGGAUGGAAUUUGGUCGACUUUCCAGUUGAGAGAAACUUUGUUGUAUUGAAGGGGUGGUGAUGAAACUUUCUUUUGUUUCAGUAGUUCCCUCUUUUUCGUUGCAACAGUAAAUUUUUGUUUUUGUUAUUUAUUUAUUAUUAUUAUUAUUUUUUUUGUGACUGAGCAUAUCGUGACCUUGCUUCAAUUGAAGUUUUUACAAGACCA